UCACAUAUCACCUAGAAAAAAAUUCUCCAUUUUCUUCACUCACCCACCCAAACCAAUUAUUGCUUCAAAGAAUUCAUCCACCUUCAAUCCCUUUCAUUACUAACAACCAUUUUCAAUCACCUUUUCUACCAUAAAUAAAUAAAAAUAAAACCAACAAAAAAAAAGUUAAAAACGAAAAAAGUUCCCAAAUGAAACCACAUAUCACUUAAUAAUAAUAGUAAUAAUAAAUAUUAAUAAUAAUUAUAAUCCAUUCUCUCUCUUUCUCUAUCGCAAUGCAAAACUCACCCACGGUCGUCGCGGCUCCGCCGCCGCGUCCCGCCAGCCAAAUCACCGUCAUACCCUUCCCGCCGCCGCAUCCCUUCGACGGCGCCCCCAGCUCCAUAUUCCAGAUCACCGUCCUCCCCUUUCCCCCGCCGCCGCCGUUCGCCGACCCUCCCAGCUCCGUCGAUCUCUCCCCGUUCGAGUUCCUCCUCGCACUCCUCGCCGUCGUCACUAUCCCGGCGCUAAUCUACACCUUCAUCUUCGCCUUCGGUUGCCCCUCGCACCGCCGCCGCCGCGGGGAUCCCUCAGCUAGCGAGUCCUCCGUCGCGUCGGAGGCAUCCCACCGUGAGAUCGAACUCGCCAGCGUCGACGCAGGGGUGAAGUACCGGAAAGAGGAGCACUCCAAAGAGAUCGGCGGCGAGUGUCCGGUGUGCCUCUCGGUGUUCGCCGACGGCGAAGAAGUCCGGCAGCUGAGCGCGUGCAAACACUCGUUUCACGCCUCUUGCAUUAACUUGUGGCUCAGUAACCACUCCAAUUGCCCGAUUUGUCGCGCCACCAUAGCCGUCGUCGCCGCCACCAAACCCAACGGUGAUUUGCACGAGAGUCACCGUGAGCGUGAUGAGUCAAGUAUGGUUUGAUUUCUAAUUUUUUUUUUCUAUUUUUGUUAAAUAUGGAGUUUUUAAGUUUUAUAUUUAUGAUGUUCAAUUAUUACCUUAUACUAGAGUACAGAUUUUCUGAGUAGUUUCCACUCCAAAAGGGUAUGUGGCAGUUGAAUAAAGACUGAAUUGCAGUGUAAUGAAAAAACUAUUUCCUUAAAAUGAAAAAAAAAUUACUGUGGAAUGUUUU